AUAAGCGUACAGCACAAUUUAAGGUAAUCAUUUGCAUUUAGAAAUUGUAGGUGUGCUCUACGGAUAUCGCCGACUUCAAACUAAGAUCACUUUGUAAAUAUGGGAGAAAUUUCUAGUAAUAACACCAGCCCAAGAAGUAAAAUUUCAACCGGAAAGCAGUUUGCAUUUGUCUUUCUUGUUCUUUUUAUUCCACGAGUACGUUGCACUACUGAUAGCAAGCAAGAAUUGAUAUUAAAUGGAACCACUGUUCAAGAUGACAUACCAUCACAGAUCAUCGUGUCUAUUUUAUUGGGAAUUACUAUUUUUGACUUUACAAUUCAGACGCUGAUGAUGGUUUAUGUUUUCAUCAGUGUACUGUUCUCGUCGAAAACACCUUUAAACAUUGUGUGCACUUUAAUUGGAACAGCGCUCCUAUUAACUAUACGUGCAACUACUGUUCCUAUAAUUUUUCAAACAAUUCCAUUUGGAUGGGCUCCCAAAUUUCCGACAAACCUAAUUCAUAUUUCUACUUAUGUCAAUCUUGCUCUUGUUACUUUAUUUACUGGCACAUCUCUAUUGUCCUGCAGCUGGUUCAUAUUAUUUGUCGGAGUGACUGGACGGAAAAUGAGCGGAACCAUCAAAGAUGCUAAGUCGGGAAUCGAACCGAUGGUGAUCAUUUUGAUGCCAAUUUACAAUGAAGAGCCUGACGCUCUGUUCAGAGCCGUAGAAAGUGCUAUUCGCUGUGACUACCCUCCCGAUCGUAAACAUCUGUUUUUGGCUUUUGAUGACGAAAGUGAAUCAGCCCUUUAUUUAUCUCUCCUAAGGAAGCUCAAAGUUCUAUCGCAAGAGGUCUCUUCAGAAAUCUCACACAAAUUGGAAAAUGAACGUUCAAUUGUUGAAAAAAGGAUGAAAACGAUAUUUCCUCCGAGGUUGGAAUGGAUAGUGGAAGGAGUGAGAGUCACUGUCUGCAGAUUUGCUCAUGCAGGAAAGAGUCCAACACAAGGAAAAUGUUUUAAAAUUAUAAAUGAGAUGUACGGAAACAACUUGGAAAUUGCUGAAAACACAUUUGUUUUAUUCAUUGAUUCGGAUAUUAUUCUGCAUGAAAAUUCUCUGCACAAUUUCGUAAUGACUUCCGUGAAAAGUCCAAAAAUACAAGGAGCCACCGGUUUAAUCACUUGCAGAACGUCAAGACAGUUUAAUAUUUAUCAAUACCUUCAAGACUCAGAAUAUGUGGAUGGACAAAUGUUUGAAAGAAGUGCAGAAUGUGUAAUGGGAGCGGUUACCUGUUUGCCUGGAGCAUUAACACUCAUUCGUCUCACGGCACUGCAGAAAGUUGCACAAAAAUAUUUCAUUGAAUUCGAUAAACGGAGAAGCGUGGAUUUCCAUCGAUAUCAUUUGGGAGAAGAUCGUUACAUGACUUAUCUAUUGGUGGAGUUAGGAGACCAUCCGUACCAAGUAACUUUUGUACCCUGUGCUCAAUGCAAAACAUAUGCUCCAGAUUCUUUCAAAAAUCUUCUGAAACAAAGAAGGAGAUGGUUUCUGGGCGGCCUCACGAAUGAUAUUUAUAUGAUAACCAGUCCAGUAAUGUGGAGGAAGACCCCGCUGAUGGUUCUGUUCAAAUUGUAUUUCUAUUCAGUGAAGGGGAUGGCAUGGAUGUUUGGUGUCGUCAUUGUCUCUCUAAUGAAAUCAAAUAAUUUCUACCUUUUCAUAAUUUUUGUGCUGCUUGGGUGUCGAUUUCUUCUUACAUGUGUCAAUGCGUUGCUCAUGAAGCGAUAUAAGAUUUGUUUUUCAAAUGUGUUGCUUUUUUUAGUCGUACCGUUCUUCAAUCUAGCCGUUACUCUUUAUAGCAUUUGGACAUGGAAUAUUCGGUCGUGGGGAGGUCCACGAAUAGAAGAUCAUGAUGGAUCAGAACCUCAGUCAUUGUCCUCAGUAAUUACACUUGUUAUGAGGCGAAAGGAGGAAUCUGGAAUUGGAAAGACUCGGAAAAGUAUUCACCAAAUUGAGCACAUUAGUUGUUUGAUUGAUAAGAAAAGCUCAAUUGUAACUGUAUCUAAUGGAAACUAUGUGCCUGUGAAAAAGUUUGUUCCUUUCCCAUAUGAAUCCGAAUUUCUCGGAGGUGGUGAAUUCGAUAGAAGUCCACCGCGCGGAAUUUUAUCUUCCUGGAAAAGUUAUAGUGGAAUAGAUAACGCAGGGUUUUAUUCAUCACCAUCGGUGAAUAUCCUAAGCCCAAUCAACGAAGAGUAUUUAUUUGGAAGCUUAAGUAACCAUAUGAAAGAAAAGGCUGGUUAUUUUCGUCUUGAUGUUGACUAUUUGGCGAAGUUUGAGGAAUUGGCAACAUCAGAUCAUCCUAUUCAGCGGGAGUCUGCUUUUAAUUUAAGACUUUCAGGGAGACAUCUAAGUUUAUAGAAGCUUUGCGCAAAUGCAUU